CACUGUGGCGACCCCUGAUAAGGGACUAAGCCCAGGGAAAAUGAAUGAAUGAAUAACAUCUCCAUCUAUAGAGAGCAGGACAUGAAGUUAACAUCUGUUCACAUUAAAACAACUUCCCAGAAACCCCCUCCUUUCCGAACUGCUCAAGUUUCUAUUUCCCGACAAUGCAUUCAUUUUUUAUUUUUUGUUGAAGUUAGUGUGUUGCAAAAAGAGUUGAGCAAAUACUGUGCUUUCCUCUGCUGCGCAGUGAGACGCAGUUCUCUACAGAUCAUCACUGCUGUAACGCUUGGAGGAGCACUCUUCAUCUGUAAGUGAUCCUCCAUCAUGGUGAAAGGCACACUGAAUGAACUCUCUCAGCUCAAACAGUCAGGCUUCGGUCAGCCGGAGCCCAGACACGGCCUCAAUCUGCUCUACUGGUUUGCUCGUGAAUAUGUAGACAUAGGUUACGGGGAAAUCAUCCCCAAGUCCUCCUAUCCCGAGAAUGGAGACUUUGGCUUCCACAAGUUUAAUAACAGAAUUGAAGAUGAAGAUCACAUCGUGCCCAUUCAAAAUCUCCCAUACUAUGAAGUGGGAAACCUGAAUUACCGAAAUGCAGACGAGCUCCCAGAUUAUGUGAGGGGAAAAUACAGCCGAAAUACACCUGACAGUAACAAGGACCGCAUUAUUGUGCGUCAGGACGGCAAUGGUAAACUGAGCAGGGUUUAUGUGACUGAACACAGCGACGCCAAACUUUUUGACAGCAGCAAAACCUACCGUGUGAGUCAAGGCCUCCUGCAGAUCAUCAACAACAGGAGCAGAGAGGACUUUCUCUCUGAGGUCUCCAACGCUCGUCCUCCUCCGCCAACAGAAAGCUGGCAGUGUAUCAUUCUUUAAACAAUCAACCGCAGUUAUUCAUUCAUCUGAUUAUUAAUAUUGAUUUUAUCACAGGUUUAAUAUCUAAUAAUCUGUAUUAUGCUAAGGAUGUUAAUGAAUGCUUGAUUCUGAUUGGCUGGUGAACAUUCGAAGAUAUAAGCAAAGACUAUAGAAUACACAAGACAUGUCACUCCUAUACUUUUAAAUGGGGAAAAGUGUAACUGUCAAUGUGAGAAUGAAGCCCCGCCUUCUACACAGGAGCCAAUCAGCGAUCGCUGUAUGGUGAAUAAAGCCCGCCUUUCAGUACAAGAACCAGACAGCGAUCGCUACCGACUGACAUUUCUCCGGAGGGCUUUGACCAGAUGUAAAUUUAUGCAGAUUUUGUGUGGCUCAAACGUUUAGAAAUGAACACAAGGAGACAGUUGUUGCUUAAUGUAAUUGUUGUUUCAUAAUAUGAAAUGAAAUGAUAAGCUUGGCAAGCAAUUUUGGAGAAUUUGAUGUUUAUCCAUUUAAACAGAAAGCCCAUACUGCCUGAGCGGCAUUUUAAAGAUGGCCGACGAGUGAAACUACUUGGCUUAAAGGGCCUUUGGUAUAAAGUAGUUCCAGCAGGUUUUGAGCGCAUGACAGUUGCAUUAUCCAUAUAUACGCUUAUGAUUUCAUUUAUUUCACAGCUACGACCAGAGUGGGACUCCUUUUUAGCCCUGGAGUUUCAAGCU